AUGCCCCCGUUACUACAAAACAUUAAUGGGAUCAUUGAGGCCUUUGGGCGCUAUGCCAGGACAGAGGGCAACUGCACAGUGCUCACCCGAGGGGAGCUGAAAAGACUCUUGGAGCAGGAGUUUGUCGAUGUGAUCGUGAAGCCCCAGGACCCAGCCACUGUGGAUGAAGUCCUGCGCUUGCUGGAUGAAGACAACACAGGCACUGUGGAAUUCAAGGAAUUCCUGGUCUUGGUGUUUAAAGUUGCCCAGGCCUGUUUCCAGACCCUGAGUGAGAGGCCUGAGGGAGCAUGUGGCCCCCGGACAUCUGGAAGCCUCCACCCCGGGGCCUCAGCAGAGCUGGGGGAAAGAGAGAAAAGUGGCCCUGAUGGAGGAAGAUCCGGGAAGGGGCAGCAUCACGAGGGGAACGGCCGCAGGCAGAGGGAGCAGGUGUCUAAAGGGCAGGACAGGACUGGCACUCAGACCCAGGGGCAGGACAUUGGCACUACUUGGGUCAGUGGCGAUGUCAGACAAGCUAGGUCCCAAACACAGGAGAGGACAAGCCAGCAGGAACAAGUGCUUGGGCAUGGGGAACAGCCCCAGACAGCACCAGAAAGCCAGAGCCAGACCAGAGACAGGUCAGACAGACAGUCACAGACCAGGGAACAGGACAGAACAUGUCACACAGGUGACACUGUGACUGCAGUGGGAACUCAGACCCAGGCAAGCACCAGUCAGAAGGUGGAGCAGGACAGGAACCAUCAGACAGGAAGCACCAGCCCCAAGGCACAGGAGUCCACCCAUGGCCAGAACAGAGGGACAGAGACCCAAGGUCAAGACAGGAGCCAGACCAGCCAGGUAGUGACAGGGAGACAAGUCCAGACACAGGUAGGGUCACACACUCAGGCCGCAGGGUCACACACACAGACCGUGGAGCAGGACAGGAGCCAUCAGACAGGAAGCACCAGCCCCCAGACACAGGAGUCCACCCAUGACCAGAACAGAGGGACAGAGACCCAAGGUCAAGACAGGAGCCAGACCAGCCAGGUAGUGACAGGAGGACAAGUCCAGACACAGGCAGGAUCACACACACAGACUGUGGAACAGGGCAGACACGAGACUAUAAACCACGAAGGGGCUGGAGAACAAGGACAGACCCAAAUCCAGUCAGGCAAUGGAAAAAUAUGGACACAAGUGAGCAACUCUGAAGUAGGCGAGACAGUGCUGGGAGGACAGGCCCAGACUGGGGAAAACAGUGGGCCAGGAAGCCAGGAUUGGAGCAGCACUCAGCCAAAGUGCAGUGUGACAGGAGGGCAGGGAAAGAGAGAGCCCACAGUGGUCAGCCAGGAGUGGAUUGAUGACCAGACAAGGGAGACAGUGGUCCAGAGCCAGGCCCAGGGCAGCUUGCACACCAGCAUUGCUUCAGCACAGAGCCAGGGUGCAGCCCAGCUGGAAGGGAAGCAAGGUGGCACGGCCAAAAGGCUGUAUUCCUACUUCAAAAGCAGCAAGCCAUGA